AUGGAACCUUUUGAAAUUCAUUUAUGCAAUUCGGGGAAUAUAUUUAAAGAAUUCUGUUUCCAGUGUUUAAUGACUAAUUGGCCAUCAUAUUGGACAAGCGACCUGAAUGAUCUAGAUGAAGCGACUUUGGAUUCAGUUCGGGUCUUGGUUUUUUCCAUCGAAGAUUUUACUCUGGCAUCAUUCAACCAGUAUAUUGGUGCAUAUAGUAUACAGAGUAUUGAUACACCCUUGGUUAAAUGGAUAAAAAGUCUUACAGUCAAAUUUGGAACAUCCGAGCAACUAUUGGAACUACCAGUUGUUGAUAUUGUUAAAUCCUUUGCUGAUAUCACAAGUAAACCAGUUUUACUUAUUGAAUCAUCGUCAUUUGAUGAUUUGGAAAAAAAAUUUUCUUUGCCGGAUUUAUUAAAAAAUAAACCUUUCAUUGCAAUUUUAACUGAUUCUAAACAUAUUCUAAAGAAUACAUUGAAGCGUCAAAAACGUGUUUCAUCUGAUGUAGGUUUCGAAGAUGAAGAUGUAUCUGAAAAGGAUAACAAAGUUUCAGAGCAAAAAAACUUUCGAAAGCAGGCAAAACAGCGUUUCAGAACUUCGAGUUCAGAACAGUUACCAAUGCCUGUUGUGCUUCCUCCAGCUCAAAAAUCCAAAUUUAAACCAUCAGAUAAAUGUUUGCUUUAUCUUGAGACGAUAGCUAUAAAAUUAUAUAGGAAAGGCUCUUCUGUCGAACAAACUCUUAUUGAAUCUCCUGAAAAUAGUUAUCGGUGGGAUUCUUCUUAUGUUUCAUGUGAUUUAUCGAAAUCGGGAGCCGGAAGUGCAACGUUAAUGUUCAAUUCAUCAAGGCGGCUACAUUGGAAUUUAAUGCAAGUUAAAACUCUCUCCCAGUUUACCAUCACUGAUAAUUCGAACCCUGUAAUGGUGCCAUCAGACAAGGAAAGUGGUCCUUUGAAUUCACUUAACAUCGAAAGUGUGUAUCGAUAUGGAUAUGCUUGUUCAGCAACGAAAGCCGCUUUUAUCGAGAUUGAUAAAGAGAUAUAUUUUGGAUUAGGCCUUAACAACGUUGAAGUCGAUUUGAAUGCAAAAAUUGAAGAUGGUUCGUUGUUAUUUGGUAGUGAUGUGAGCGAUUGUACUGGUUCAUUCAGUGUUGGUUCUUGGAUGGGAAUAAUUUGCUCAUUAGUCCUCACUAGCAUUUUAAUGUUCGGUUAUUUAAUGCUACAAUCGGUUCAAACACAUGAUCGAUUCGAUGAUGCUCGUCAGAAAGGUUAUACUAUCAAUUUUAAAGAAUAA